UGGGAAAGAUGGCGGCGAUGCAAGUGGCCGGGUCGCUCCCGGGCGGGCAGGCGCGGGACGUUCCACGAGAGCCACCGCCCGAGCAGGGCAGUGGGUUCCGCUGCUUAUCCGCCAGGCUCUGCGCCCUACGUCCGGAUGACAGCAGCUCCGCCCGCACCGAGAUCCACCUGCUCUUCGACCAGCUCAUCUCUGAGAACUACGGCGAGGGCGGCGGCGUGACCCCGCAGGAUGUCAGUGCUCUUCUUGUGCAAGCUUGCCGACUGGUGCCUCUUAAUCAGAAUCAUCUUGUCAGCAAAGUGUCUCAACUUAUCCACCAUUUACUUAACAGAUUACAGGUGAUUGUUGAUGAACAGAACCUGGAUUUCCUGUUGGCAUAUACUAUUUCUGCUAUUCAGCAGUGUAGUUCCUGGACACACAUGGAAAUUCUCCAAGCCCUGGCAGCCCUGGUUUACUGCAAUGGCUCAAAAUGUCAAAAGUACCUGCCAGACUUGCUUGGCAAGAGCGGGAUUUUGAUGAAGUUGAGUGACUCGGCUCAGCCCGACCCUGAAGUUAGGAGAGCUGCAGUGCACUGUAUGGCAAACUUAUGUCUCAGUGUACCAGGACAGCCAUACUUGGAGGAGCCCUACCCAAAUAUCUGCUUCCAGGCUUUCUUGACCACUUUACAGUCUCCAAAAUCAUCUGAUAUGGAUGAUAUCACGUUUUGCAUGUUGUUACAAAAUGCAUUAAAAGGUAUACAGUCUCUUCUCAAUGGGGGUAAGAUGAAGCUGACACAGACCGAGGAACUUGGAGCUCUCCUGGCUGUGCUGAAGAAAUCUAUGUUUCACGGACUCCCGGGACUUGACAUAGAGCUGCCCCCGGUGUUGUACCCCACUCCGCUUCCUCAGUGCGACGGGCGGCCGCCUGUCAAACCACCGCAGUCCGAAUCCAGUGCUUCUCGGCCAGCUGUGAAUAAAAAGAAGAAAUCAAAAGUAAAAUCAAGGAAAAUUCAGCAAGGAGAAGAGGAAGAGGAAGAAUCUAGUAGUGAAAGAGAAGCAGCCCCCAUCACUGGCUCUGGCAGAGAGAACCCACGUGAAGGGAGCACUCCCUGCUCCCCCUCCUCCCUGGGAGUCCGGGGUUUGCCAGUAGAGGGAAGCGACCAGGCAGGAAGAGACCGAGUCUCCGCCCCCUUCCGUUCUGCCAAUUGGAAAAGGGUCAGCAGUAGUGAGUCUGACUAUUCUGAUGCUGAAGGAGGCAUGCAGAGUAAAAUGAGGUCUUACCAAGCCAAAGUUCGCCAAGGAGCAUUAGCUUGUUUUCUUUCUACUAUAAAAUCAAUAGAAAAAAAAGUUCUUUAUGGCUACUGGUCGGCCUUUGUUCCUGAUACACCCGAGCUUGGAAGCCCUCAGUCCGUGUCCUUGAUGACCCUUACGUUAAAAGAUCCUUCUCCAAAGACGCGUGCGUGUGCUUUGCAAGUGUUGUCUGCCAUUUUGGAAGGCUCGAAGCAGUUUCUUUCUGUUGCGGAAGAUACUAGUGACCACAGAAGGGCGUUUACUCCUUUCUCUGUGAUGAUUGCGUCUAGCAUCAGAGAGUUACACAGAUGUCUUUUGUUAGCUUUGGUGGCCGAGUCAUCCUCACAGACCCUUACUCAGAUAAUUAAGUGCCUUGCAAAUUUAGUAUCAAAUUCACCUUAUAACCGUCUGAAACUCAGCCUGUUGACCAAAGUCUGGAACCAGAUAAAGCCUUAUAUCCGCCACAAAGAUGUGAACGUUCGAGUGUCAAGCCUCACUCUCUUGGGAGCCAUAGUGUCCACUCAUGCGCCUCUCCCCGAAGUCCAGCUCCUGUUACAACAGCCCUGUUCUUCCGGACUCAGCAAUAGCAAUUCAGCGACUCCUCACCUCAGCACUCCUGACUGGUGGAAGAAAGCCCCCUCGGGACCGUUUCUGGAAGAGGCUUCAGUUAGCUCCCCUAAAGGAUCUCCAGAGCCCUGCUGGCUCAUCCGACUUUGCAUUUCCACGGUCGUACUGCCCAAGGAGGAUUCCUGUUCUGGCAGCGAUGCUGGCUGUGCGGCGGGAAGCACCUAUGAACCGUCCCCUAUGCGAUUGGAGGCCUUACAGGUGUUGGCUCACCUGGCCAGGGGCUACUUUUCAAUGGCUCAGGUGUACUUAAUGGAGCUUGGAGAGGUGAUCUGCAAGUGCAUGGGGGAAGCGGACCCAUCCAUUCAGCUUCAUGGAGCAAAGCUUCUGGAAGAACUGGGGACAGGCUUAAUACAGCAGUACAAACCGGAUUCUACCGUAGCGUCUGACCAGAGAGUGCCGGUCGCUGUGGUGGUGAUGUUCUGGACGAUGAUGCUGAACGGCCCUCUGCCCGGAGCCCUGCAGAAUUCGGAGCACCCGACCCUGCAGGCGAGCGCCUGUGAUGCCCUGUCUUCUAUCCUGCCUGAAGCCUUCAGCGGCCUGCCGAGCGACAGGCAGAUCCUGUGCAUCACCAUGCUGCUUGGGCUGAACGACAGCAAGAACCGGCUGGUGAAAGCUGCGACCUCGCGGGCCCUUGGAGUCUAUGUGCUCUUCCCCUGUCUCAGGCAGGAUGUCAUAUUUGUUGCAGACACAGCAAAUGCUAUAUUGAUGUCCCUUCAAGACAAAUCUCUGAAUGUCCGGGCCAAAGCAGCCUGGUCCCUGGGCAACUUGACAGACACUCUGAUUGUCAACAUGGAAACACCAGACCCAAGUUUCCAGGAGGAGUUCUCUGGUCUCCUGCUCUUGAAGAUGUUGCAGUCAGCUAUAGAAGCAUCCAGGGAUAAAGACAAGGUAAAAAGCAACGCAGUCCGGGCCCUUGGAAAUUUGCUUCAUUUUUUACAACCAUCUCAUAUAGAAAAGCCCAGGUUUGCUGAAAUCAUUGAGGAGUCUAUUCAGGCCCUCAUUUCUACUGUGCUGAAUGAGGCUGCCAUGAAAGUCCGAUGGAAUGCCUGCUACGCAGUGGGGAAUGUAUUUAAAAAUCCUGCUCUUCCAUUAGGAACAGCCCCGUGGACCUCUCAGGCCUACAAUGCCUUGACAUCGGUUGUGACAUCAUGCAAGAACUUCAAAGUGCGCAUCAGAUCUGCCACUGCCCUUUCCAUCCCAAGCACGAGAGAGCAGUACGGGCCAGCUGAGCAGUAUGCCCAGAUCUGGAACGCCUUGGUCAUUGCCUUACAGAAGAGCGAAGACACCACAGACUUCUUGGAGUUCAAGUACUGUGCCAGCCUACGGACCCAAAUCUGCCAGGCGCUGAUCCACCUCUUGAGCUUGGCCGGUGCCUCAGACCUGCCCUGCAUCAGAGAAACUCUGGAAUUGAAUGGGGACAUGGUACAGUCCUUCUUCCUACAGUUUUUAAAAUCAGGAGCAGAGGGGGAUGACACCGGAGCACCCCACGGCUUGCUCGAAAGAGACCAGAUGGUCAGAGCGGCCCUGGAGCACCUACGCAGCAACCAGGCGCCGCCCGGCGACUCAGCCAAAAGGGCCAUCAUGGACUUUUUAGAAGAUACCCUCACCAUUUAUUUUGACUCCUCUGGAUCACAGGUGGCACUCCUGGGACCGACAGAUCGGUGAAUAGUCCAUCAUACGUCCAGGUGUCGCGUGGGAAUAGAAAGACCCAAGGUCAAGUGUCAGAUACAUAGGGUUUAGUUUUAGCAGCAGAAACAACCCGUUCAGUUUUGUUUAGAUGGGCUUACAUCUACUUAAAUUUUUCUCAAAGGGCUCAACCACUUUAGAGUGGUUCCGCCGCACUGGCCACCGUCCGGGUUGUUGGAACCUGUGACUGUGCAGCCGGGAGCCGGGAAGUACGGUUGUGGGGUGCACUGGCCAGACUGGGCGGUUGUGAAGGGUGUUUGGCCUCAGACACCAAGAUAAAGACAAAAAAACAAAAGAAUUUAGGUAUUAGACUGUAUAAUUGUGUCUCUGGGAAUUGUUUUUAUAAUAAACUUAAUGAAAAAUGGUGUGCCCAUAA